AGAGCGGAACUACCUGCACGCGGACACGCGUGCGCGCGCGCUCUCUCUCGCUCUUUAUUUCAUAUCGAUCUGAUGUCGCGCGACGCUUCACCCCAGUGACCCGACUGUUUCUCAGGCUGUUUCUCUCUCUUUUUUCUUUUCUCUUAACUUUUAGUUUUAUUCUCAGUAAAAUCGUGCAUAAAUAAUUCGAUAUAUAUAUAUAUAUAUUAAAAAAAUUCCCGCGAAGGAGAGAUUUUCGGAGGGAAUUCGGGAAGAGACCAAAAAGAAGUCAAGAAGGUCAUGGCGGCGACUUUGCCCAGGACUCUCGGCGAGUUGCAGCUCUACCGCAUCCUGCAGCGGGCCAACCUGCUGUGCUACUACGACGCGUUCAUCCAGCAGGGCGGCGACGACGUGCAGCAGCUGUGCGAGGCCGCUGAGGAUGAGUUCCUGGAGAUCAUGGCGCUGGUAGGGAUGGCCAGCAAGCCGCUGCACGUGCGACGCCUCCAGAAAGCUCUGCGUGACUGGGUCACCAACCCGGCGCUGUUUAACCAGCCGCUGGCAUCACUUCCUGUCUGCAGCAUCCCUGUAUAUAAACUUCCCGACGGCCCGGCACUGCCAGUCAAAGUCCCCAAAACAGACCCGCCGAAAACCGAAGCGGGAAGCGGGAGCUCCUCGGCCACCGCCUCGCCUCUGCAGAGCGGCAACGAGCCGCGUUUCUGGGCCGAGCGAAGUCUCUCACCGGCCGAGCUCGGCUCGCCGUCGUCCCCGCUCCCACGCGACACCCUCGAAGCCCUGGACGUCGCCGCCGUCCAGGCUGUCAGCGAGUGUGUAGACAGGAUGGCACGGGCGUUGCCCAAAAGCGACUCGGCCGAGCUGAGAGAGCAGCUCAAAGCCAACAAGAAGCUAGCCAAGAUGAUCGGCCACAUCUUCGACAUGAGUGACGACGACCCGCGCCGAGAGGAAGAGAUCCGCAAAUACAGCGCCAUCUACGGACGCUUCGACUCCAAGAGGAAGGACGGCAAACACCUCACACUCCACGAGCUGACGGUGAACGAGGCGGCAGCACAGCUGUGUAUGAAGGAGGUGGCAUUACUGACGCGCAGGGACGAGUUAUUCGGACUCGCUCGCCAGGUCUCCAGAGAGGUCACCUACAAGUACACAUACAGGACCAGCAAAUCUCGAUGUGGAGACCGAGACGAACCGUCCCCGAAGAGAAUUAAAACGGAGCAGGAAGGCUUUUUUGACCUGCAGGAGGCGCUACAGGCGAUCCACAUGCGGCAGGAGAGUCUGAGAGAGCAGCUGGCUCAGGCUCGGUCCAAGGGAGAGGAAACACUCACUCGAAACAUCCAGGUUCAGCUGGAGCGUCUCUUGGCUAAGCAGAUGGAGAUUUUGCAUGAUGCAGCGGCGCAGGACCGACUGCAGGCUCUGGAGUGGCGCGUGCCUCCUGGAGCCUUCAAACACCACGGCGACUCGCACAAUGCUAACGCUAACGGGGUGCAGAGCGGCGCUGAAAAACACGCCGAGCAGCACGGUGAGAGGCCGCUGAAUCUGCGAGUAACAGGACAAAGGGGCGGAGCUUCAGAUGGAGACACACCUCUGGGAAAACAGCUGGCCAAUGAGCUGAAGAGACAUCACCAGGCCAGCGUCGAAAGCAAGGCAGCGGCCGCCACAGAGAACGGCAACGGAGGCGAGGCGAGUCCCCGCGCUCUCAACCUCUCCGAUAAGAAGACCAUCAAAUGUGAACCUGAGGACUCCAGAUAGCAGACCACACCUCUGUUUUUUAUUUUUAUUUGUAUUUUUAUUUCGACUCCGUGAGGAUGAUGAACUGUCGUCUGUCCGCGAAUACUAAAGGAGCACAACUACAGUAGAGCCUUAAUAACCAACGUUGCCUCAGAUUUCCUUUAUUCUUCACUUUCUUUUUUUUUUGCCAAAGCACCUAGAGCCCUUAUUUUCUUCCCUGGAUAGAUUAGCAGAAUUUUGUGUUGUCAGUGAAUGUACACGCAAAAACCCCGCCUCCUCUCUCGCUCUCUCUCUCUCUCUCUCUCUCUCUCUCUCUCUCUCUCUCUCUCUCUGUGAUUAGGCGUGGAACGUAACGUCCACUGGUUGUACAUACAUUUGUUGAUACGUGGAAAAUGUUGAGAUGUUAUUUAAAUACAGUUUGUGUCGUGUGUGUGUGUGUGUGUGUGUGUGUGUGUGUGUGUGUAUAUAUAUAUAUAUAUAUAUCUCUAUGAAUGCAUGUUGUUUCACAAGCUGAUUGUUCCAGACAUCAAAGAUAAGCACAAACAUCAUCGUUCUUUUCGAGGGAUACGGUAACUGUCAGGUAGAGGUGUGUAUUUAGUGACCGAAACGGAUAGAAGAGCUCGCUGUCAGUAAUGAAACUCGUGAGACCAAGAAAGACGGCUUUCGUUAAAAUGUAUGUAAAACAAGAGCAGGAGUUAAACAACAACAGUCUCACACACACACACACACACACACACACACACACACACACACACACCUCUGAUAUCAGGUACUGAUUAAAAUGAAAGAGUCCUGCUCUUCAGGUUCGGUGUGUAGUGAAAUUUUGAACGUGAUCUGGAGCUUGUUAGCGAAAAAGCUAAAGAAUGUGGAAAAGAGCGUCACUGUGUAUGUAAUCUAGUGUAAAGCGUAAAAUACCAAGUGUGUAGUAAGUAGUAGAGCAAUACCGACUAGCUGUGUGAGAGAGAGUGUGUGUGUGUGUGUGUGUGUGUGUGGUUUACUGUACAGUGUGUGGUGUAAUUGUGUUAGAAAUAGUCUUAGAUACAGCUGGUGUACUAAUGUAACUUAUAUGCACUAGUGUUGGACUUUUUUUAUACAACUUUCAUCUUUUCCAUCAUUUUUUUCCUCGUAACAUCCUUUCCAGCUCGUGCUGUAGGUUUCCCAACAAACAAUCAGGUUUCCCACAGUUGUGUGCGUGUGUGUGUGUGUGUGUGUGUGUGUGAGUUCUUAAUGAAUACCUCUGUGCGAAUAACCGACUGAUCCUCAUGUCCAGGAGAAAUGAUCUGUACUCUGUUUAUUUUUAUAUGAUUUUAGACUUUAUGCAAAAUUUUCAUCAUUUAAGUGCCAUUUUUUAAAUUGUUCUUCGUUUGUUUGUUUGUUUUGGGUUGUUGUUGUUGUUGUUUUUUUUAUUUGGAGUAUGUGGAUGAGAGGUUAUGGUUAUGAGCGCGUGAGUGCAAAGUUUGUGCACCCUUGCGUUCUAGGUUUCACAGCAUCUUCGUUCUCGCUCUUCCGUUUUAUCAGUGACGUUUGUGCUUCUAGCGAAACUCGGCUUCGGGUCGGGUUUCGAUUUUGAUUCAUGUUUUUUGUUUGCUCCACACUCUGGAGAAACAACAACAAAAAAAGAGUACUGUACGGUACUGUUCCUUGUUCCUUGGUGUAGUACCCUUUCCUUUUUCACAUGUAGUAUGGAUCUUCUACUUAAGCCUUACUCUAAAAAGGCUAAUUAUGUCAAAUUUAUGCGUCGUCCAUCUUAAGUUUAGUUUUAAAGAUGCAUUAAAUGAGGUACUGAAGUAUACAGGUAGCUGAGCGACAGCAAAAGGUUCCAUUUAGUACCCUUUUAUUUUUCGUCAAGAGUGUUGGAUCAAAGUGAAAAAUCUUCUCGACUGACAUGAUUAUGAUGUGUAUAUAUAUUUUAAAAAUACUACAACAUGUCCAAAUAAAACAGUUGAGAAAAAGAGGACACCUCCAGGGUUGGGGGGUUCGAAUCCCAUCUCUGCCCUGUGUGCGUGGAGUUUCCCAUCAUGUUAUCCCCGUUGCCUUGAGGGUUUCCUCCAGGUACUCCGGUUUCCUCCCCUGGUCCAAAGACAUGUGCUGUACAUUCUGUACAUAAUCUCUACAUUAUCCGUAGUGUGUGCGAUUGUGCCCUGUGAUAGGUUGGCACCCCGCCUCGUUCCCUCGAGUCCCCUGGGAUAGGCUCCAGGCUCUCCGCAACCCUGUGUAGGAAAAUGGACGGAUUUUUUUUUUUUACACUGAAAAACCAUGGGGGCACAAACUUUUGCACUCGACUCCUCCAAUUCAGUCAUCCAGGUCCAGGUUUUGAAUGAUGUAGAUCAGGGGUGUCAAACAUGUCUAAUCGCCUCCAUCAAGUUUAAAAUCGAAAUGCCGAUUGUAAUUGUGCUCGAAGAAGGAGCUCUGAUAUUCCACUAGGGGGCGUUCUCGAUACUUGACCAGCGCUGUUCCGAAUCUGCAGCACGUAUGAAUCUAAUUCACAAAUGAUAACGAUGUCGAAUUUUCAUCUGCGUUACGAACGAAUCGAUUCAUUCCAAACGGCACAUGGAUCCAAAUCCUCGUCUUGUUCCUCCCUACAGCUAAAUUGUAUAUUAUGGGAUGUCCAUUUCAGACCCAGAUGUUCUACGUAACAUAGAAAGAGGGGGGUGAAUACUUACGCAGAUAUCCUGUAUCUAGGUGAUGUUCUGUUUGUGCGUUCAGAAAUCGUGUACAUUUCGUAUAAAUAAUUACGGAUGAAUUCCGUGUGUGUGUGUUUGUUUGUUUUGGCACCCCUGAUCUGGACGUUUGUGUAUUUCUGUGUUUUUAAUCUCACUGCGGUGGCUUACACUCGUUUUGCCUUAGUUUUUAACACAGCGGAUCGAGGUUAUAGUAGGGUACUAAACAGUACCAAUUCUCGUGACUGGGGUGGUACCUUUAGUACUCGUCUUCUCCGUGGAUAUGUCUGAAGUGUACCCGCUCUCAAAGCUCAUCGAAGCCGCGAGAUCACGCAUGAUGUUUUUUUUUUUUAGCGUACGUACGCACGCUACCUACAAAAGUCAUACGCUUAACGGUACCGUCACAUCGACAUGAAAAGGUACAGUUAGUACCCUUUUUUUUCCUGAAAGACUAUCAUUAUGCCUGAUACAGGAUCAGUGUAUAUUUUUAUUUAUUUAUUUUUUUUUACACGUGCAUUCGGGCUCGGCGUUUAAUCUUUAUUAUCAGCUAUCUGAGCCUGGUAGCUUCUUUCAUUCAUUCUUAUGAGUGCGUGUGUGAGUGUGUGAGUGUGUGUGUGAGAUGUUUUUCCCCCUCUGAUGCAUGGAAAGUGAUCUGCAUGGAGAUUGUAUGUAUGUAUGUGCAUUCAGUAUGAGACCUUUCCAUCGUAUGGUGAAAAUGUAAAAAGAGAAAAGAAACACACACACUUAUACACACGUUUUGAUCUGAUUAGUGUAUCAGUAACGCUGAUACACAUGCAGCUAAACCAUUUCCAUAGAGGUCAGAACUUAUCUAAACUCCUACUUUUGUCCCCUCUUCUGCUUUCUGUCCUUUAAAGACAAGGAUCUGUGUCGUCUCUGCUCGUGCUUCGUAGAAUAGAAAAAAAAAAAAUGGAAAGAAUGUGCGUUCAAGACUGUGGGAUGAAACGUUUUUGUGUGUUUUUAGAAAGAAAAAAAAGAAAGAAAUCGGUAGAGACGCUUUGUUGUCGUCGUCGUCGUCACCGAGUUCAUGAUUCAUGAUUAGGAUAUGCAGUAGUCAUGCACCUCUUGUUUUGUAAACACUAAUAUAUUUAAUUUGUUAUACAGCACACGAACAUUAAACUCUAUUUUUUUGA